UCAGGGGUUUGAAGUUUGAAUCAUUAAUCGCAGCUAUUUCUUUCUUAAGGCUUAUUAUUUUAUAAUACAGUGAACUAAAGUUCUAAAAAUGUGGUGUACGUUGCUUUUAGUUUUAAAUUUGAACCCUCAAAUUUCGGCAAGCCUAAGAUUAGUGUAUUGAUCUGAUCUUGUGUUUUAAAGCUAACCCGAUAUUUUCACGGCUAAAAUCUUAGUCACUAGUCAGUCCUAAAUUUGAAUUAGCCGAAGCUGAAGUAAAUGGAUAGCUACCAAAGCUUAUGAACCUACCGAAUAGACAAUAGAUUUUUUAUUCCUUUAAUAAGUCAAGAAUCAGAGUGAUGGUCCAAUAAAUUCCUCAUUACUGGCCUAAUAAGAAGAAAUGUCAAGAGCAAGGAGUGUUCCAGCUGAUAAGGCUGGUCAUGGAAUAAAAGUACGAGUGCACAAUACUGUGUCUGUUCCGUUGGUCCAACCCAGAUCCCCAGACAUGAUCCCUGCGUUCGCUGGUAUUGAUAACGGCGAUGCAGACAAAUCGAUGUUAGUUAAAAGGAAUAGAAAAAUGGGAUUUCAAGUUGAAAAUCCUUUGUCCAGAAGUAGAAAUAUUCGGGAAGAGCCGAAGAAACUCAAUCGUAACUCAAAGAAGGGACCAGGAACCAUCUCGAUCCCUCUCAAUAUAAACAAGAAAGCAAAUACCAAAGUACAAAAAGCGUCUACAUUUUCCAAUCUGAACGUUGAGCUUAAUAAACCCACAAGGAAAGCUUUCACAGCUAGAGAGCAAGGUGAUGAAAAAAAUGUAAAAGACUUAUUGAAAAAGUUUUUAGACAGUGAUUUUCCUCCGUACAACCCUGAAGAUUUUACUCCUAAGGAUAAUAGUGUUAGUGAGGGUGACCUAGGUAAUAGUGAACUGUUGCAAAACAUUCGACAAGAGCUCGACGAGUGGCUCUCAAAGUGUCCUGAAGAGAAUAAGAAGAAAGACUCUUGUCCUGAGAUGUGGAGUUCAGUGCCUUCUACAUGUAUGUAUACAUUUAAGUUGCGUUGUUAUAGUAUAUAUAAAUCAGCACAUUGCGCACAGUUUACCCAGGUAAAUUUACUUCACAUGUGUGUAUACACCGAAAUAGUAUUCGCUGAUGAAUUAAAAACACAUUGCACUAAAGUUCGGUUUAUGGGCGGUUCAGGCGAAGGACACGACACCGAAGGAGCAAUGAAGCAGAGCGGAGAGGAGGCCAGAGUCCAAAGGGACGUUUAA